GUUAAGAUUAGUUUCUAGUGGGUAAAAUACAUGAAUAAAUCCUCGUAACCUGACUACUGCGAUAUUGGUAUUAUCGAACACACAGCCGAUCAAAUCAGCGUCGGAUUUCAUGUAAACUGGAGAACGUCAAAGCCGGAAGUCUUCUGCAUCACGUGACAGUUACUUGGAAACCAGCAGCUGACAACGACGCUCAAGUUUUUGGUGCCAUACCGAAGACUUAGAUCAGUGAAACUUGAGGAAUAAUCCAGUGUUGUUGUUUUUGACGGGGUUGCAGUCCCAUCCAUAUUCACAAUGAGUCACAAUAGGGGGCGAAGCGCCACCAGACUCGCCUUUUACGACAGUCCGGCUAUCGUGCGUUCACGGAGUGCCACGCCGCUGUCGCCGGAGAUGUCGAAGAUCCUGCCGUACGUGUCCGACAAGACAAUCUCGCGCCACCUCGGAUACGCCGGAAGGUCCAUGGACAUGGGACAUGCCAGAAACUACUACAACCCUGCCAGAAAUACGAUCUACUCUCGGUACACACCCAACGACUGGGGCCUCUCUAACCAGAUGAACUACAGUCUCUCAGACAAGGAGCGCGCCUUCGGGGAGCGCCUUCGCGCAGACGCUUGGAGGGCCAUGAAGGAGACAGAUGCUCGCACACGCAACCGACAAAACGAUGUCACUAAAAAACUAGGAGAAAGAGUUUACGACAUCGCAUUUUGGAAGAGUGAGCUUAAUAUGGAAAUCAACUCGUUGUGUACAGAGAUUGCAAACUUGAAGGAGUACCGCCGCACGUGCGAGAAGGCGUUCUCGGACACGGCCAACCCCCUCCAUAUCGCGGAGGAAUGUCUCAUGCACAGAGAGAAGAGAAAUGGUAUCGACCUCGUCAACGACGACGUGGAGAAGACGCUUGUCAGGGAAGUAAAUGUAAUCAAAAAGUGCCAGGCUAAAUUGAAGAAAGUGCUCGACAAAGCUGCCGUUCAACUGAAAAUGAACCGGGCUGCCCAGCACGCCCUGGAGAUCGACGCCAAGGACAAGCACCACGCGCAAGGCCUUGACGACCGCAUCCAGCAAUACCGGAACGGGUCCGCCGGCACCGGCUACUACCCGGGCAUCGAGAGCAUCGAUAACACGAUCACCAUCCCAGAAUCGUGGGCACGGUACACCCAGGAGAACAUCGCCCGAUCUCAAAAGGAGCGCGCGGGGUCCGAGCGGCUUCGGGGUGAGAUCGACGCCACCAUGCGCCAGUGCGCCAACGACAUGUGGAACAUGUUCAACACCGUCAACAACGCCUUCAACGCGAGAAUACGCGAGACAACGGACGCCAGGAACAGGCUCCAGGCACAUUUACAGAGGACGAUGGCGGAGAUCUUCGACAUGGAGAAGAACAUCGAGCUGCUGCGUAAGGCCAUCCAGGACAAGGAACACCCCAUGAAGGUGUCCCAGAGCCGUCUGGACGAGCGUACACGCCGCAUCAACGUCGAGCUCUGCAACGACCCAGUCAUGAAGUCGCUGCAGCGGGAGGUAAGCGAGAUCCGAGAGUCGGUUCGCAUCCUGAAGGAACGUCUGAAGGCGUCCGAGUUGUCCCUGGCGCGCCUCAUGAAGACAAAGGCCUGCUUGGAGCACGACAUCUCCGUGAAGGAGAACAGUCUGCGGAUCGACUCCCAGUAUUGUAUGGGUAUGCGCAAGGGCUUCCCCAUGGACCCGAAGGUCGGCCCAAUCUUCCAGAUGCCCACAUGCUAACCUGGGAUACUAGAGACAUAUUUAUUGUUAUAGACAGUUUCAUAGUUUUAAAAAUGAAUAUUUUAAGUUUUGAGCUAUCGAUUUUCAUACAUAUGUUUUAGUUUUAUCAUCUGGUUGUUAAAAUCAAGCAAAAGUUGAUAUAAAGAAGUGAUGAUAGAUUAUUUUUCAGUCAUUUUACAAUAUUACAAGAUCAGAUAUGCGUUGGUAAGAAGCGGUGGCACAGUAGGUUAUUGGUAGAGGGAAUAAUUCAACAUUGCAGAAACGAUUACUGCCACACGUCACUACCAGCAAUUUGAAUGUGUAUUAGCUGAGAGUGUGUGUAUAUACCUGUCGCAUGUGUUUGUUUGAAUAUCAUCUGUUAAACUUGUAGCUUAUAAAGGGUUGCUACGCUUUCGUAUUUUCAAGGUACAAAUUUAACAGUCUUGUGCGAUGCCUACUUGGUGGGCUCCGGUAGGCAUUUUGGAAUACUACGUACCCGGUGUUAGGCGAUCGCUCUUCGAAUUCAAGAUAAAAAAAUAUGUUUAAAAUCCGAUGUAGUAUGAAAGUGCCUACCCUCUUUCUCUCUUUCGUUGUUUGCGGCCUGUCUAACAUGCUAGUUUCGUUACCUUCAUUUUCUCUCAAAUACAGAUGUUUUGUUUGGUUUUAAUUCUAUUACUCUAAAAGUAUAGGCAUGGGUGUGCUAUGUCCACAUCAUUUCAAACAGUAUUAUAUUGUUACCAUUUCCCUCCACGUUAUAUUUUUGUACAGUGUGUUAAUAUUUAUGUAGAAUUGUUGUUUUAUAAUUUAGAUAUUUAUUCUUGUUGCUUAGAUUUAGUCAUUUAACAUCAGAUGCCAGUGAUCGCGUAUUAAUCUGCCACGCCAUCGUUGCCAUGACCACCGAACUAUUUCCUUGCUCUGUUUUAGUGUAAGGAAGUAGAGAAAGUGCUCAGAUAAUAUUUUAACACUCGUUAUAUCUUAAACGGGACAAAACUUUAAGAUUUAGGUUUUAAAAAUGGCAGCAAAUUAAAAAAAACACAACAUUAUGCAGUUUUUCUGCACUCGCGGUGUCUGCAUUGGAUUAAUUAAACAGAAGGCACGAAUGGCAACUCCUAACAGUAUUAUAUUUUUCAAGUAUUAUUUCACGCAUGUAAUGAAGCUGGUUGGCGUUUUGCUCAGAGACAAGUAAACAUUGUCUCUUCUCAAACCAAUGUUAUCUGUGAUAAAGGGGAACUCCAUUUACACGUGCGCUUGAGGACAAGCUAAAAUGCAUUUCCCCGCCCCAUGUCAUGAUGUAGUUUCAGCGAGUAGGACAUGAAAUUGUUUGAUAUGUGUAUAUGUAUUGCAUAGAACCACAAUAUGAAGGCUUAUGUUGUUUGCACAAUAAAAAAUUAAGAAUUUUA